GCUCCUGCUGGCUAGCAGAGGCACCUUCACCUUCCCCCAGCCGCAGCAGAAGCAGCAGCAGGAUCAGUCUAGACGGUGUGGGCUCACUGGGGGCCCCUCCGAGCCCGGGGAGGCGGGUAAUGGUCUGGGUGAUUGCGAAGCAGCCAGCUCGGCGCCCCAAGAUCCCGGGCUAGGAGGUGGAGAAUCCUUUAGAGCGGAGGCGGCGGCCUCUGGGCAGUGACAGGUGCACGGUCCCAGCAGAGGGGGAAGAAAAGGAAGAGCGGUUCCCGGGCAGUGGAACCCACCUGCAGCAGCAAGAGUAACAGCGAUGCCAACCAUGCGGAGAACAGUAUCCGAAAUCCGCUCCCGGGCCGAGGGCUAUGAGAAGACAGAUGAUGUUUCAGAGAAAACUUCACUGGCUGAUCAGGAAGAAAUAAGGACUAUAUUUCUCAACCAACCUCAACUGACAAAAUUCUGCAAUAACCACGUGAGCACAGCCAAGUACAACAUCAUCACAUUCCUGCCAAGAUUUCUGUACUCUCAGUUCAGAAGAGCUGCAAAUUCAUUUUUUCUCUUUAUUGCAUUGCUUCAGCAAAUACCUGAUGUGUCACCAACAGGUCGCUAUACAACGCUGGUUCCUCUCUUAUUUAUCUUAGCAGUAGCAGCUAUCAAGGAGAUCAUUGAAGAUAUUAAACGGCACAAGGCUGAUAAUGCAGUGAAUAAGAAACAGACACAAGUUUUGAGAAAUGGUGCUUGGGAAAUUGUUCACUGGGAAAAGGUAAAUGUUGGAGAUAUAGUUAUAAUAAAAGGCAAAGAGUAUAUACCUGCUGACACUGUACUCCUAUCAUCAAGUGAGCCCCAGGCCAUGUGUUACAUUGAAACAUCCAACUUGGAUGGUGAAACUAACCUGAAAAUACGACAGGGUUUGCCAGCAACAUCAGAGAUUAAGGAUAUUGACAGUUUAAUGAGAAUUUCUGGCAGAAUUGAGUGUGAGAGUCCAAAUCGGCAUCUUUAUGAUUUUGUUGGCAAUAUUAGGCUUGAUGGACAUGGAACUGUUCCCCUGGGAGCUGAUCAAAUUCUUCUACGAGGAGCUCAAUUGAGAAAUACACAAUGGGUUCAUGGGAUAGUGGUCUAUACUGGACAUGAUACCAAGCUUAUGCAGAAUUCAACAAGCCCACCCCUGAAGCUCUCCAAUGUGGAACGGAUUACAAACAUACAAAUACUGAUUUUAUUUUGUAUAUUGAUUGCCAUGUCUCUAAUCUGUUCCAUUGGUUCAGCUAUUUGGAAUCGAAGGCAUUCUGGAAGGGAUUGGUAUCUCAAUCUCAAUUAUGGUGGUGCUAGCAAUUUUGGAUUGAAUUUCUUGACUUUUAUCAUCCUCUUCAACAACCUCAUUCCAAUCAGCUUAUUGGUUACAUUAGAAGUUGUUAAAUUUACCCAGGCUUACUUCAUAAAUUGGGAUCUAGAUAUGCACUAUGAGCCUACAGACACUUCUGCUAUGGCUCGGACGUCCAAUCUUAAUGAAGAACUCGGUCAGGUUAAAUACAUAUUUUCUGACAAAACUGGUACCCUGACUUGCAAUGUAAUGCAGUUUAAGAAAUGUACAAUAGCUGGAAUUGCUUAUGGCCAUUUUCCUGAGCCUGAGGAUUAUGGGUACUCUACUGAAGAUUGGCAGGGCUCACAGCCUGGAGAAGAAAAAAUAUUUAAUGAUUCAUCAUUACUGGAAAAUCUCCAAAGUAAUCAUCCAACUGCACCAAUUAUAUGUGAAUUUCUUACAAUGAUGGCUGUCUGUCAUACAGCAGUACCAGAACGAGAAGGUGAUAAGAUUAUUUACCAAGCAGCAUCUCCAGAUGAAGGAGCCCUGGUCAGAGCUGCGAAACAGCUGAAUUUUGUUUUCACUGGAAGAACACCUGAUUCAGUCAUCAUAGAUUCUCUUGGACAGGAAGAAAGAUAUGAAUUACUCAAUGUCCUGGAGUUUACCAGCGCCAGAAAAAGAAUGUCAGUGAUUGUCCGCACUCCAUCUGGGAAGUUACGGCUCUACUGCAAAGGAGCAGACACUGUAAUUUAUGAUCGUCUGGCUGAAAGUUCAAAAUAUAAGGAAAUUACUUUAAAACAUUUAGAGCAGUUUGCUACAGAAGGGUUAAGGACUUUGUGUUUUGCAGUGGCUGAGAUUUCAGAAAGUGACUUUCAAGAAUGGCGUUCAGUAUAUGAGCGAGCUUCAAGUGCUAUACAAAACAGGUUGCUAAAACUGGAAGAGAGUUAUGAAUUAAUUGAAAAGAAUCUUCAGCUACUUGGAGCCACAGCCAUUGAAGACAGAUUACAAGAUCAAGUACCUGAGACCAUAGAAACCCUAAUGAAAGCCGACAUCAAAAUCUGGAUCCUCACAGGAGAUAAGCAAGAAACUGCCAUUAACAUUGGGCAUUCUUGCAAACUCUUGAAGAAGAACAUGGGCAUGAUCGUCAUAAAUGAAGGGUCUCUUGAUGCAACAAGAGAAACUCUCAGCCAUCAUUGUACUACCCUUGGUGAUGCUCUCAGGAAGGAAAAUGACUUUGCUCUAAUAAUUGAUGGCAAAACUCUGAAGUAUGCCUUAACCUUUGGAGUAAGACAGUACUUCCUGGAUUUAGCUUUGUCCUGCAAAGCUGUUAUCUGUUGCAGGGUAUCGCCUCUUCAAAAAUCUGAAGUUGUAGAGAUGGUUAAAAAGCAAGUUAAAGUCAUAACACUGGCAAUUGGGGAUGGAGCAAAUGAUGUUAGCAUGAUACAGACAGCACAUGUUGGUGUUGGCAUAAGUGGCAAUGAAGGACUGCAGGCAGCUAAUUCUUCUGAUUACUCCAUAGCACAGUUUAAGUAUCUGAAGAACUUACUGAUGGUCCAUGGAGCCUGGAACUACAACCGAGUGUCCAAAUGUAUCCUCUAUUGCUUCUACAAGAACAUAGUGCUCUAUAUUAUUGAGAUCUGGUUUGCCUUUGUAAAUGGCUUUUCUGGACAAAUUCUCUUUGAACGCUGGUGUAUAGGCCUUUACAAUGUGAUGUUUACAGCAAUGCCUCCACUUACUCUUGGGAUAUUUGAGAGAUCUUGUCGAAAAGAGAAUAUGCUGAAGUAUCCGGAAUUAUACAAAACUUCUCAGAAUGCAUUGGAUUUCAACACAAAGGUUUUCUGGGUUCAUUGUUUAAAUGGCCUCUUCCACUCAGUUAUUCUGUUUUGGUUUCCACUAAAAGCCCUCCAGUAUGGUACCGUAUUUGGAAAUGGAAAAACUUCUGAUUAUUUGUUCUUGGGAAAUGUUGUUUACACUUUUGUAGUGAUCACUGUGUGUUUGAAAGCUGGAUUGGAGACAUCAUAUUGGACUUUGUUCAGCCAUAUAGCAAUCUGGGGCAGCAUUGCACUCUGGGUGGUGUUUUUUGGAAUCUACUCAUCUUUAUGGCCUGCUGUUCCUAUGGCACCUGAUAUGUCGGGAGAGGCAGCCAUGCUCUUUAGUUCUGGAGUCUUCUGGAUGGGACUAUUAUUUAUUCCUGUGACAUCUUUGCUUCUUGACAUUGUAUACAAAGUAAUCAAGAGGGCCACUUUUAAAACACUGGUAGAUGAAGUUCAGGAGCUGGAGGCAAAAUCCCAAGAUCCAGGGGCAGUUGUGCAUGGAAAAAGUCUAACAGAAAGAGCACAACUUUUGAAGAAUGUCUUUAAGAAAAAUCAUGUGAACUUGUACCGUUCUGAAUCUUUGCAACAAAACCUACUCCAUGGAUAUGCUUUCUCUCAAGAUGAAAAUGGAAUAGUUUCACAGUCUGAAGUGAUUAGAGCUUAUGACACCACAAAACAAAGACCAGAUGAAUGGUGAAAGGGACUUUGCUUAAGAAGUGGGCUCAGAUACUUACUUCUGAAAGACAACCUACUAGGUCUUUACUGGAAUCGGCUAAAUAACGCCAGUCCAGGAAGUUACAAAAAAGAUCUGUGCUGAUGUCAUUGCGUGAAGUUCUGAUUCAUCUAUUCUGUAGACAUAAGCACUGUGCGACUAUACUGUAACAACAUCUCUUUCAAAGUUUUAUAAACAAGUAUGUGCUUAAUCUUUGUAAACAGAAGUUGAAAAUGACCUUGUGUCCUGCCAGACUGCUUACUUAAAAUGAGGCUCUUUCAGUGUUGUUCUUACUCCACACCUUGGGAUAAAGCUAAUGCUGAGAUUACUGAAUAUAUCAUAUGAUGACAGAUCUUUACCAUUUAUGAAAAAAUGUGAAAUGGCAUUAUGUAGAGGGACUGGUAACAGGACUCAUGUUCAAAAUGAGCUGAAAACCAGCAUUUUUAAGGGGCGGACUCACCUUCCAGAGCAAAAUGUCUAAGCAAAGCAUCAAUUGUUGUUAGUCGUCAAAACCGUCCUAAUAAAUGUUUGCCAAAGAAGUUCAAUAAAUGUAUUUCUCUUUCAGUAGCCAUUUGCACAGAAAUGUCAAAGGAAGUUUCCUUCUUGUCAUUUUGUCAGAACUGCAUGCCUGACUUUUUAUCUAUAAGAUGAUCAGUUUGCAAAAAUGAGUCAAAUUCAGGUUUCGUCUAUGGCGUUUGCUACUAAAAUCUGUAACGUUUUGCACCUUUAGCCUUACGAAUGCUUCUUUCUUCCUUGUCUCAUUUAUCUGUCAGUGUCAGAGAGGUACAUUUCAAUAUGGCUACUCUCUUAGUUGUGACGGUAAUUUUCUAAUGUUGUGUUUAUAUCUAUUAGCCAGUUCUAAUGUAUUUCCAUGUUUUCUAUGUGCUCUAAAUUUUGUGGCCUGACAUGGUAUUGUAAAGUCCUAAGAGGAGCUUUUUUUUUCCACUUGAGAAAAAUACAUUUGCAUAUUUAUAUAAGAUUUCCAAAGUUUCCAUUCAAAUAUUUGGAAUACCACAUCAGAUAAAUGCAUUUGCUUUUAUAUCGUACUUUAGUUUUACCUUCCAGUUCCCCUUUGAGGUUACCGCUGUCUUAUUCAGCCAAGCCUUAUGUAAUCUAUAUUUAAGAAUGAGUAAUUAGUUUGCAGUUCAGUUGUCAGAGGUAGCUACCACAUUUCUUUUAACUAAAAUGAAUCACAUGCUAAUUGAAAAAACACAUUUUCAACUUGCAAAAAAAAAUUGCCCAUUUUACCCAAGCCCAUUGCUUGGAAAUGAGGAGUGCUUCUUAUUAUAAAUAGGUUGUAUUGAUAUGUUUGUUAAAUGAAUGUUUACUUCAUUUGACACUUCUGAACUAUCUAUUAAAAAUGCUGAUUUUGCUACUAAAAGCAAGUGACAAAAUAUGCUUGAUAAAGCAUAAGCAAAUUUGUAUUCCCAUUUUAAACAUAUUACUUUUAUCUUGGAUAAAGAGAAUUCCAAUUUUCAGAUAUGUAUAGUAGAUUGAAACACAUGUUGCCUUUUGGUGAGUAGCAGAUUUGCCUUUCGGUGGACAAUAGAUGCCUAAGAGAUGAUGAAACGUGUUUCUUUUUUCUUAAGCAAAGCAAAGCAAACCCUUUUGUUGGUUUUUUUUUUAAUUUUUUUUCUAAUAUAAAAUACAUAUUAAUCAUUUUGUAAGCCUUCAGUUUUUAAGAAAGGAUAGUUUACUAAAUCAACCCUUGAGUUUCAUAAGUGUACAUCAUUCUAAAUUCAAAUUUAGGCCAUCUAAGGUCCCUUUCAUUUUUGGACUUCUUUGGUUCUAUGGCAAAAGAAUCAUUUCACUCACUGUAUCCGUAGCUAUUCUCUACUUACUCCUUUGCCAAGUAAAUUCCCCUUCCUUUCUCUCUUACAAAUUUGUACAUACAAAAAGAUGUCACACAUUCAACUUAGUUUUAGUCCAGGGUCUGCUCACUUCCAAAUCCAUAUGCAGAGAUAAAGAUUUAAGGAAUCAUAAUCCAGAAAGAUCAUUGAAGAGUUGAAUGUUGGAUGAUAGAGCUAUUUUAUGAAUUAUGUCAUCUUUAAAGUUUAAAAUGUAUAAUGUCUAAAAAUAUUUAUUCCUUCUUUUAAAUUUGUCUUUAGUCAUCCCUUCCCUGGGUCCAUAUAUGUAUUUAUGUUCUAUCCAAGUAAAGAUAGUUGAGAUAGAACCACAAAUAUUCAAAAAGAAGUAAAUAUAUCCCAUCUGCAAAAAAAAAAAUAGGACUUUCAAAAAGAGAAUUCUACUUCUAUUUCCUGCCCCUCAUCAAUCUCACUCUUCCCAAGGCCUUAACUUCCAAAAUUUAUCAAUGGGAUAGAAUUGAAUUUCCUGGCCUGAAGAAGGUAAUACUUAAAUUAUUGAUCCAUGAUUUACUUUGGUGAAAUUCAUUAACAUUUAAUAGAAUAUACCUAUAUAAAUGAUUGUCUUCAAAUUUACACAAACAAACAUUAAUUUAUCAUGACUCCAUUUCUACUAGCAAUGGAGUUACAGUCUGGCUUAGAGGAUAGGGUACUGGAUUUAAAGAAAAGAAAACAAUUCAAAUUCCGCCACUGACACUUAGGGUGGCCAAGGUAAUUUACCUCUCUGAGUCUCAUUUACCUCAUCUGUAGAAUGAAGACUAUAAUCCCCGUAGUACCUAUUUCAUAUGGUUGGUAGGAUAUUAUGAAAUGAGUAUAAAGCAUUUUGUAAACUUGAAAGUACUAUAUAAAUUUCUGUUAUCAGUAAUAUUCACAUUUCUAUUCCAUAAAAGAACAUUUUAACCAAAAAAAAAAAGCCAUCUCCAUUUUCAUGAAAUCAAAUCUUAGAAAAACUUAAAAUCUGCUAUUUAAUCAUAGGGUCUUUACCCUGUUAGAGCAAAUCACAGCUACUUUUAAGACUCCUUGUUACCUUCUUCAUAAGAAAAAAAAGUUUUCAUAGGAUUAGUAGAGGUGAGGUACACUGAUUCUACCUUCCUCUCUUUGUAACCUGUUCUAAGGCAGAAUGUCUGUCUUGGAAAUCAGACAUCCCCUGUUGGUUUUUACUAUUAGGCACAAAGGAAACAUUGCCUCACAAGAACUACCACUUAUAAAUUUGAGUUCAUGUGGAAAUUUCAACUUAUCUAGCUGUAUCAGGGUUUUGAUUGUAUAUUUGCACCAAGUAGUUGCUAUUUUCUUAAAAAAAAAAUUGUUAACAGCCUAAUGGUGUUUCUCAGGAAGCUAGUUUUAAAAAAAAAAAUGUGGAAAUGGUCUAGAUAUUUUAGUUGAGAAAAAAGACUUUAGGCAAACUUCACCUAUUGCAAAUUAGGUCAGAUGUGCAACACACUUUAACAUGUCCCCUGCUCAAUAGAGUUAGUUUCAUGCAUUUUGUGUAUGCUUAUUAAGCUAAGCCAGUGACUCCUGCUAAUUUCAAGUGAGAAAAAAUGGUCAGUUAUUGAACAUUAAAUCUUAUUGUGAAACAGAUUACAAUUUUUGAACUUGGUAUUGUGAAAUUCUGCAUAAUGUGCAGUGCUUAAUAAUAACUUUGCAUUUAAAAUCCCCUUUCAUAAACAAUGCCAGCUAUAAAUCAUUGAUUUCUUACAAACAGUUGUGAAAUGCUUAGAACCAUGUCAUAAUUAUUGCAUAGCUAGGUAAUCCUCAAUGAUUUUUGUCUGUAUGUAAAAUUGCCCUGUGGCAGUUCUCAUUUAAGAAGUCUUUCUACAAAUGAAUCAGUAGGCUUAGGAAUAAUCAGUUUCUAAAAAAUUGUCCCCCCACAUAACUGAUAAAUAUACACACGCGUGCACACACACACACACACACACACACACACCUACACAUACACAUACACAUACACAUGCACACCAGAGGGACCAGGUUUGUGCGGUUCUCUUUGUAAAGCAUAUAAUACCACCCGUGAUUACGUGCCUAAUAAAAGAGAUGAUGAUAAUGAAAAUUUCUACCAUACCUGUGAAAGGUUACCAUAUUGUGAAUUUUUCUCAUAUAAAUAACUAAAUAUCAUUUAUGAAACUUCUACUUUGUUGAAUUUUAAUUAACCUUGGACAUCAUAAAAUUGGAAUGUAUGUUAAAUUUUAAAGGAAAGGAAAUGAAUUUUUCCCUUUUAAAAUCUCAAUUCAUUUUCUAUGUAAAAGCAGCUGUGCUUUUGAUGAGUUUAUGAUUUGUCUGCAUGAAUUAAUAUUUUAAAAUGGCCUGAGAAAAUGCAUGGCUUUUGCUAUAAAUCUUGAUAUUUCUUUCUGCCUUCCAAAGUCAUAUCAUAGUAUAUCCAAGGGUUAAUGUUCGGUAGGCAAAUGGAUUGGUCCUCAGUUUGAACUCUCUAGAGGAGUAGAUUCUUUUCAAACAAAUUUCAGCAUAUUUAACUAAAUCAUUUAUUUGGAUUGAUGGACAGAAUUUUGCAUUUUAAAGUUUCUUGGCAAACAAACCUUUUAAGUAGGAAAUAUGGUAGCAUUCUGAAGAUUGGAUUUUCAUAUCUGCUUAUUCCUAAUUCUGACUUUCUAUAAGUGAAUCUCUUGUUGUAAAAAUGUGACCAGAAUAUAUAAAAAGAUUAUGUUUGUGUUUUGUUGUUCUAGAAUAGAAGCCAUAAAUACAGUUAGCAGUGCAUUUUUUUCCUACCUUGAGCUUCAUUUUUGACUUAAGUAUUUCAAUGUAUAUUAAGUGAAAAGUGCUACAUUAAAAGCAGCGACAAGACAAAACUAUAGUUUGCAUUAAAGAGGAGGUAGGAUUGUCAGACUGCACCACACUGCUACUGCAGAAGCUGUUGAGGGACCUUCACAGUUGCAUGAGCGGAUAGUUGUUUGACUCCAUGUCUAUGGUAGUUUUCUCAGGUUUGUUUUAACUUGACAUUAAAUGCACUGUGUUUUAUAAAUAGUUACUAAAAUUUAGUAAUGUUCAGUUCUGUGCAGUGUUACAUGUCACUGGCAUUUUGUGAACGUGCAUGUUUUGACCUGCAAAUUUUAAA